AUGGCAGCGUGCAAAGACUGCGAGGAGCCGCUCCUCCUGGAGGUUGAGGAUGACGAGACUGGCCAGACCCAGUCCAUACCCGACGAUCUAGAACUGCCUUGCGGCUGCCACUAUCACUGGCAGUGCCUCCUAGACCAAGCAGCCGAGGUUGCCAUGUCUCUCAAAUGCCCGGCUUGUCAGAGCCAGAUAGCCGCAAACUCGGCGGGGCCCUCGGUGACGAAUCCUUUUCUUCACACCACGCCUAGUGCGAAGAUUCUGACAAGAUAUCACAAUGAGGGUGGUCUGCAGGAGAGCCUUGACAUCCUGCCCUCUAUCACCGAAGAGGCCUACCUGGCAGCGAAUCCCGAAGCUCGUCCAGCCCGUGCCUACCACGUGAUGUGCAGCGAGGGCGAUGUCGGUGGUAUCGUGGAGUUGCUGCGGGAUGUAGAACAAGGCGACGGAGAUGAGCCUUCCAUGAACCCAAUGCAGCUGCUGCGAUACCAGGACCCUCUCAGCGGCUCUAAAAGCGGUCUACACCUGGCCGUUGAAAAGGCGCAAGAAGAGGUCCUAUGGCUGUUGCUGUGGUUGGCGUCUCCUCUGCCUACUGACGUGUUUCCCGCAGCUGCGGUUGAGGCGGCACAGUCGAUGGGGCUUCAACGUCCAAGCACAGGACGUGCGGACGACAUUCGCCUGCUUCAAGAUGACCGCGGUCGGACAGCGGAGUCCAUCGCCACCGAGAUGGAUGGCAUUUGGUCAAUGGUGGUGCAGGCUGGCGCGCUUCAUCCAGGCGUUUGA